CCAGUGUUCAGUGUGUGUGUGUGUGUCCUCUCUCUUCUCCUGUGCCUUUGUCAGCCCUUUUUAUUUGCACUUUUAGGCUGUAUCUUGUUUUUUGACUGGAUUGUGCCAUUUUCAAGGACUUUGGACAAUUCAUUUUAGAUCUUCUAAAACUAUAUGUCUGUCUAUCUGUCAAAUAUUUUUCAUCUAUCUAUCGUUCUAUCGUUCUAAUUUUUCCUUAUCUAUCUAUCUAUCUAUCUAUCUAUCUUUCGUUCUAAUUUUUUCUUAUCUAUCUAUCUAUCUAUCUAUCUAUCUAUCUAUCGUUCUAUCUAACGUUCUAUUUUUUCCUUAUCUAUCUAUCUAUCUAUCUAAUAUUUUUCAUCCAUCUAUCUAUCCCUCUAUCCCUCUAUCAUUCUAAUAUUUCUCAUCUAUCUAUCCCUCCAUCCAUCCCUCCCUAUCUAUCUAUCUAUCUAUCUAUCUAUCUAUCUAUCUAUUUUUCAUCCAUCUAUCCCUCUAUCCCUCUAUCUAUCUAUCCCUCUAUCCCUCUAUCGUUCUAAUAUUUCUCAUCUAUCUAUCCCUCCAUCCAUCCCUCUAUCUAUCUAUCUAUCUAUCUAUUUAAUAUUUCUUAUGCAUCUAUCCCUCCAUCCAUCCAUCCAUCCAUCCAUCCAUCCGUCAUACCUAAUGCUACAUCAAAAAUGUAAUAUUAUAACAGAAAUUUCAGUAUGUCGCAGGGUUGGAAUCAGAUUAGCUAAAGCCCACUGUCAGGAUAUGAAAUACCAUUUUUUAUUUAUUUCAGCUGAUCUUUAUCAUUGUUUAAGGAUACAGGGAUUUUUUGUUGUUUUAUAUGCAGAACUAAGAAGGUUUUCAUAUAAACUUUCUAAAGUUCAUCAAGGUUUAAUGGCCGUAUGGAUGUUCUGUUGGGGAAGUUGAAUCAUGGGCAUUAAAUUGUGUUUGGAGUAUGUUCCUGCCACAGCCUCAAGACUGGUUGAUUUCUACACAAUUCAUCAUGCCUGCCAUUGUGAACCUACUCUUCAACACGGUCUCCACCAACACCACCAUCUCCUUUUCUCUGGUGCUGCCUCUGGUUAGCAUCCUCUCCCUGCUGGUGGGGGUCGGAGGUCAUCUGCUCAUGUGGUUGGUGUUGAUGCGUAACCCACGGCGACGUUCAAAGCCCAGCUCUGUCCUCCUUUUAAACCUGAGUUUUGCUGAUCUGUGCGCUCUACUCACCCUGCCCUGUGUGCUACUGAGCGCCAGCUCUCAGAACUGGCAGCUGGGAGGAGGUGUUUGUGUGUUGUUGAGCUUCAUGACUUCCCUGACCGCUGGAGUGGACAUCUUCAGCCUGGCUGCCCUCUCUGUGCUGCGUUAUCGGAUAGUGGCUCCCUCGACACGGCCCCCCGCCACCCCAGCGCAGGUAGCUGGCACUGUUGCUGUUAUCUGGCUGGUUUCCAUCGCCAUGGCCCUACCUAAAGUAACGUACAUCCAGUUCGACAGCGGCUGCACGUGGUCGGUGGGUCGAGGUCACUGGCUGGGCUUCCUAGUUCCUGCGUUCCUGGUGUAUUACGUGGCUCCUCUACUCUGCAUCGCCCUGCAUUGCGGGCUCAUCAUCACACACCUGUACCGCUGUCGGGGCACUCUAGCCGCGGACCACCGCAAUAAAAAAGCCACUGCCCUUCUCAUCGGCUCCACGCUGGUGUUCGCCAUCAGCUGGCUGCCUUAUUAUGUCCUGGAGUUUGUCAAUGUUUUAUCACCCUCCCUUAAUUCUGUCAGCACGCCCGCAAGCCCAGCCCCCAGCUCCACCACCCCGUCAUCAAGUACGGAGGUGUCUCUGCUGUGGGAGGUGACCUCACUGUCUGCCAUUCUCCUGAUCUGUCUGGCACCUUGCUGGAACCCACCACUUUACUUCCUGCUAUCCAAGCCAGCUUUGAGGCAACUGAGAGGGCUGCUACGCAUCAUGCACCAACACUGGAGAGCUGCUACCCUCCUACAGCACAUAGUGCCAAAACACGCUCCCACACAACCCCACUCUCAGCCCGGGUCUCAACACAUACUACCAGCAACGCAAGCACAAUGAGAAAACGCACCCUCAGAAUGACAUGGUAAGGUACAGCACAUACCUGGAACACAGCAAAGCACACCCACACGCAACUACACACACGCCACACACACAAUGACAGGUGUUUUCUGCCAGAGCAUCCUCAUCCCUCUCACGCUGGCGGAGAUUGUGAGUUGCUUAGUAACACUACAGAGAGGAACAGAAACAUAAGACCAUGGACCUCUGCAUUUAUGGCUCAGCAUCACAUUUUACAAUGUUCCAGCAUGCCAGCUGCUCUCUUUCCCUCUCUCAAAAUCUCACACGGCAGAUUUUUAUCACCACGCUCGCACACAUUAGCAUGUUCUCGAUGACAUAUGUGUUCAUUUUUAAUUCGCUUGUUUCUGAUCAGAAUAGAUUAGAUUUGUGUGGGCUGGUACUGUAUAUCAGAUAGAUUGCCUAUAAAGGCUAAAUGUAGUGCAUUUGAGUCUCGCUCGCUGAUCAUUGGUGUUAUGAAUCAUCAAUAUGUGCUGUAAUGAGCUUUUUGACAGUCACUGUCAGCUUCGUGUGAAAUGCAGUGCACUGUGAUUUAGGAAAUGGGAAAAGUUUAUAAAUAUGUUUCCCAUUAAUGACAGAGGCACGGCUGAGAGAACGCAGCGGCUCUCAGAACUGUGUCACCUGCGGAUGAGUCAUCCUGCUUCACAAGAUUUUUUCAUUCUCUGCUAAUAUUGUAGCCAAUGUAAUAAAAUGUGGAUCUGAAUUGAUCCUGCACUUUUUCUUCUCCAAUUUCCAUUGCCCAUGCUCCUCCCUUCAAAUCAGUUCAUCUCUUUUGCCUGAUCUGAACUGAGAGGAAGGAUAGAAGAAGAGAAGGAAACAGCAUACAGAGUUGAAAACCAUUGUAUUAGCAUCGUACAUGUCCAAAAACCAUGAUAUUGAGUAUUGACAUGUAAAUCAUAGUAUUAGACAGUGUUGUUACCAUUAACCAAAACUAUUGUUUUGGUGAUUGAAAUAAAGCUGCAAUAAAAUAAAACAGUUAAGAAAUGUAUCUUUGGAAACUAAGUGAAAUAAAUACAAAGUUCUGUCAUAAAACUCUA